UCUUUUCGGCGACAGAUGUCAGAAGUCGUUUGUUGACGUUUCGUAAGAAUUGAGAUUGAUUUCAUGAGGAGUUUUGAUACCGACUUGCGUAGUGAAAGUUUCAAUAGCCCCGUGGAAAUAGCUUUGAAUUGACUUCAAACUGCAGCAGUAAUGGAUACCGCGAUUGCAGACAACUCAUCUGGCAAUCCCCUACCGUUAAAUCAGGAGUACGCCUCAGCAUACAAAGCAAUUGAUCCUGCCCCAUAUGAUGAUGACCUCGGGGCUGCCUUGAUGGACUCUUUGCGGAAUAUGCCAGACCCGAUGCUAAACAGUGCACCACGACCACGGGGCAAGAAAAAUCCAGUUGUGACGCUGGAUUCCAUAAAGAAAGAACUAAGCUACGAAUGUAAACUGUGUGGCAAGCGGUACCGCAAGAGUGCGGAUUUCUUCCAGCACGAACUAACUCAUGGAAAACCACUGCCAUGCGAUAAAUGUUCGGAACAUUUUUUCAAGCCAUGGGAGCUCACCAAACAUAGAAUGGAAAAACAUAGCGAUUCCCAGUUGUAUGAGUGUGAAACAUGUAGUAAAACAUUUAUAGAAAAUUGGCGACUAUUACGCCAUCUGCGAACCCAUUCCAAGGAAAAGAAAUUCAAAUGCGAAAUUUGUGAAAAAUCAUUUGCCGAGAGUGGAAAUUUGGCAAAACAUAAGAAACAAGUUCAUACAAAAGACCGUCCAUUCAAAUGUGAUGUUUGUGAUAAAACCUACCCUCAGAAAAAAGAUUUACAGAGUCACAUGGUCGUUCACACCAUUAAACGUUUCUCGUGUUCGGUUUGCAAACUAGAUUUCUCACUGUUGGAAGAGAAACGUGCUCAUGUCAAAACGGUACAUCCUAGCGAAGUAACUAAAAGGUCCUUCAUUUGUGCGCUUUGUAGUGCUUCUUUCGACUGUAGAGCGAGAUUGAAAGAUCAUUGGUUAACGCAUGGUGAACGACGAUUUAAUUGUAAAUUUUGCCCUAAAAAAUUUCACACGCAUGCGCGCCUCCGUAAACAUAUGCGCUCUCAUAGGGUUGAAGAACAUUCAAGAUGCGAAAUCUGCGCUAAAUCGUUUUCUCAAGACUCCAACAUGAGGCGACAUAUUGAGUUAAUGCAUAUGCGCGACGGUCGUUACUUUUGCAUGCACUGCCCACUCACCUUUACAGUUCCAGCAGAGUUGAAAGCUCAUCGCGAAACGCACCCAAACGAGAAAGCGUACAAAUGUUCUUUCUGUGAAAAGGCAUUUUUUCACCAUCAAAGUUUAGCUAAUCACACCAAGUGCCAUCGCAAUCCGAAGCGUCAUUUGAAGGAAUUCAUAACACCAGUAUCGAGACAGCGACGAGUUAGAAAAAAGCCAAAUAUAGAUAUCAACGGUAGAUUACCGGACGAUAUUUCCAGUACAGACAAAUCUUCCAGCAACUCAGAGCUCGCAGUUCCCUUGCAACCUAAGAAACGGGGACGCCCUAAAAAAAUUGUCACAGCGACUACAGAUACAGUGGAUGAUGCAUUGGACGAAGCACCGUCAAACAAUGAGGAUUUGUUGAUCCCUUUACAACCCAAGAAAAGGGGACGUCCCAAAAAGGUUAAAGUAACAAACGAGCUGCCGCCAGUAAGUUUUGCGAUUUCUGCGCAAUCGUCGCUGAUACCGACCUGCACCGAAAUAAUCAACGCUGCAGAACUAGUAGUGAAGACGGAACAGCCAGAUUUAAUAGAUAUUGGACCGACACUCGUGCACCGUAGCCUGCAGUGCUGGACUCGCAUUCUGCCCAGUAGCAUCACACUGUCGCAAUACACAGUUAAAGUCCCCAGCAAGGAUGAAGUGUUCGGUUCUAUGUCGCCUGUAAUACGCUAUUGUGUUGUUAAAGAACCUUUCUCGCUCCGACCGCAGGGCUGUACCCGAUGGAGUAUAUACAUUACACAACGUUAUGUCGUUAAUCCGCAGCGCGAUCAGACGCCCAUCUAG